AUGAGACCAAUAAGCAAUAUAAGACCAAUAAGCAACGAGGCCAAUAAGCACUAUGAGGCCAAUAAACACUAUGAGACCAAUAAGCACUAUGAGACCAAUAAGCAAUAUGAGACCAAUAAGCACUAUGAGACCAAUGAGCACUAUGAGACCAAUAAGCAAUAUGAGACCAAUAAGCACUAUGAGACCAAUAAGCACUAUGAGACCAAUAAGCACUAUGAGACCAAUAAGCAAUAUGAGACCAAUAAGCACUAUGAGACCAAAAAGCAAUAUGAGACCAAUAAGCACCAUGAGACCAAUAAGCACUAUGAGACCAAUAAGCACUAUGAGACCAAUGAGCACUACUAUGAGACCAAUAAGCACUAUGAGACCAAUAAUCACUAUGAGAUCAAUAAGCAAUAUGAGACCAAUAAGCACUAUGAAACCAAUAUAGGCAGAGAAUCCCACUAUGAGACCAAUAAGCAAUAUGAGACCAAUAAGCACUAUGAGAUCAAUAAGCAAUAUGAGACCAAUAAGAACUAUGAGAUCAAUAAGCAAUAUGAGACCAAUAAGCACUAUGAGACCAAUAAGCACUAUGAGACCAAUAAGCAAUAUGAGACCAAUAAUUUCAUAACAAAUAAGCACUAUGAGGCCAAUAAGCACUAUGAGACCAAUAAGCACUAUGAGACCAAUAAGCACUAUGAGACCAAUAAGCAAUAUGAGACCAAUAAGCACUAUGAGACCAAUAAGCACUAUGAGACCAAUAAGCACUAUGAGACCAAUAAGCACUAUGAGACCAAUAAACACUAUGAGGCCAAUAAGCAAUAUGAGACCAAUAAGCACUAUGAGACCAAUAAACACGAUGAGACCAAUAAGCACUAUGAGACCAAUAAACACGAUGAGACCAAUAAGCACUAUGAGACCAAUAAGCACUAUGAGACCAAUAAGCACUAUGAGACCAAUAAGCACUAUGAGACCAAUAAGCACUAUGAGACCAAUAAGCACUAUGAGACCAAUAAGCACUAUGAGACCAAUAAACACGAUGAGACCAAUAAGCACUAUGAGACCAAUAAGCACUAUGAGAUCAAUAAGCAAUAUGAGACCAAUAAGCACUAUGAGACCAAUAAGCAAUAUGAGACCAAUAAGCACUAUGAGGCCAAUAGGCCUGUGAGGAAAACCAGUUAG